AGAGAAGUGUUUCUAAUGGAAUUUGUUUUCUCGAUUGCCAAACGGGGAAAGAUAAUGAGCUGCACAAUUCUCUCUCCCGACCCGUUAAUUCGGUUGUCAUCCACUCACCGAUUUCGCGCUAAAAAUGGGUCGAAGAGUCCAGUGAUUACUGCUCGUCUUGACGAUUCUAAGAACUCGCCCAAUCGCCAACUCAAUCUCUCUGUUCUUCGCUUCACACUUGGGAUUCCUGGAUUGGAUGAGUCUUACUUACCCAGAUGGAUUGGUUAUGGAUUUGGUUCGCUUCUGCUUUUGAAUCAUUUUGUUGGUUCGAAUUCAGCUGCUCCCAUCACCUCAGCACAGUUAAGAACUGAGGCUUUAGGCAUUUCCUUGGCUGCAUUUUCUAUUGCACUCCCCUACUUGGGAAAGUUUCUUGAGGGUGCAGUUCCAUCUGGCGAAGCUACCCUCCCUGAAGGUGCCGAGCAAAUAUUUGUCUUGUCACAAAAUGUAUCGGAUAAUGUGAAGGAUGACUUGGCUUGGGCAACAUACAUCUUGCUGCGCAAUACAAACAGUAUAUCAGUGUUAAUACAGAUUCAAGGGGAGUUAUGCGUUCGAGGAUACUGGAAUAGUCCAAAUGAUAUAUCAGGAACAGAUUUACUUGCUUGGUUUGAGGAGCAGCUUCAGAGCAUUGGCCUAUCUGCAUUAAAUGAUGCCCUCUACUUUCCUCAGAUUUCAGAAUCUGGACUUUGGCAAAUGCUGCCUAAGGGCACUCGCUCAGUUUUGGUACAGCCAGUGGCUCAAAAUCUAAACCAAAGUGGCAAUGAGAUGGAAAAGAUUGGAGGGUUCAUAUUGGUGGCUUCAAGUUUAAGUUAUGCAUUUAGUGAUAAAGAUAGAGCCUGGAUAAGAGCUCUUGCUACCAAGUUUGAUAAUGGGGACAUAUCGGGGGGAAGUCGAAAGUUCACUCUGUCCAAUGAACAACGGAGAUGAAGUUUCAGAUUGAGCUACAAGGAGAGAGCCUUCGAAGCCUUAUAAAAAAUUCUCCCAGCCGUAUACCAGAUUCUGCCAAAGUAGCACAGAAAGGCGAUAGUUUGACACAAUACAGGAUAAAGAAGAUCAUUCAAGAAAAUUCGAGGUGCAUAUCCUGACGCGUGUUUAGGUACCUUAAGACGCACCACCUUUCUAAUUGCCAAUAACAAGCCUGGUAUUAGACAUUGCACGUUUGUAACAUCAUGUUUGAGAGUGUAAACCUGUGGUGCAAGCCAAAACCUACAACUCUGGUAUGAUAUUGUCCACUUUGAGCACAAGCUUUCAUGGCUUUGCUUACCAAUAGAGAUGUAUUCCUUAGUUAUAAACUCAUGAUCAUCCUCUUAAUUAGUCAAUGUGAGACUCCCUCCCAACCACCACUCUGGUUGUAGAAUGAGUAGAAAAGAUUAAAUUUACGAGUCUCUCGCAACUUUCCUAAUGUUAGUUAGAUAAGAACAGAAACACGAUCUAUAACUUAUCCCUCCAGAAGUAGACAUUGGUGCUGGAAGGAUGCUCUGGAAGAACUAGGCUGUGCACUCGAACUCGAUCUUCUCCAACAUCUUGUCCCUUUGCCUGGUAGGAAAAAAGGAGAAAUAAGCAAGCGAGUCUUUUUUCUAAAUGGGCGUCUGAGUUUGAUGUCUUUACGAGGUGAAAGUAAAGAGAAUAAAAGCAGUUCUGGCCCAAGUUUAAGAGGUUGUUAGCUAUUUGAGAUGCAUCUGAAGAUGGCACAUCCUGUCACCAAAAAAGUCAGUAUUUAAUGCCCAUCUGCUACAUUUACUACUCUCUCUUAAUGUCCUCUGGUAUUUUUCAUAUUUUUUUAGUACAGCUUCAUAUGGUAUUUUAUAAUACACUAAUGGAGAUUUGAAAGACUUGAAUCCAUGUACUUGAUUCAGAUGUUAAACUAAGCUAAUGUAGGUGAGAGAGGAGUGCAUGUUGAUUCAUCUAUAGUUUAAUGACAAAGGUCGCAGCGUUGUACGAAUGCAAUGAAAAUGGAAAAUCUCAACAUUGCAGUAAUGGGAGGAAGCUGAAAUUGCAACUUGGUGGAGGAGGAUAGAACCAAUGGACUUAGUUGGGGUGACAAGCCAACCCUGUGACCAAAUCCAUUAAAGCAGAGAGAGAAAGAGAGGAGAGGGUUAUCUUAGGAACCACACUUUCAAAAUGGAACAUAAACCUCACUUCUCAUACCAAAUGAAGUUGCCUAAACUGAAAAAAGAAACAAGGCAAAGAUGAAGAUUUGGGUCUCGAAUAUUUGCAGAGGAGAUAGAAGGGCCCAUCAGAGAAAAGAAAAAAAAAAGUUUGAUGUUUGCCAAAUGGGGAAGAAAGAUGAAGAUGCUACCUGCUUCACGUUCUCAUAUACUUUAGAAGAUCAGCAAAAACACAGUGAGGAGAGAAAUGAAACAGUGGGGUUUCAUUAAAAAAGAAAAGAGAUCCAGGGCCGCCAUUGUUGUUGUUGAACAAAAGAAUGAGAGUUAUUGCAGGUGAGUGUGGGGUUACCUUGAUAUUACUCUGAAGAGAAGCGAAUUCAAGAUG